AUGCUUCUCCCCGCCCAGAUCCUUCGCCUCGUCGCGACGUCGUCCCUUCUUUUCCCCCUCGCCGUCACCGCCCAGCGCAAUCCCAAGCGCGGCCUCUGCUUCACGCCCAACGCAGACUACCCGGAGGACAACCAGGUCUGGACGCAGUCCGGGUCCCAGCUGUCCUGGUACUACAACUAUGGCGUCGACCCGAGCCCGGCCUUCGCCGACCUCUCGCAGGAGGAGUUCGAGUUCAUCCCCAUGAUGUGGGGCGUCGACCGCGACAACCUCCAGGACACCUCGUUCCGCGACCGCGUGGCGCGCCUCAUCGAGGACGGCAGGAACAUCACGCGCGUCAUGGGCUUCAACGAGCCCGACAUCGACCACUCGGGCGGCAGCGGCAUCCCCCCCCGCGACGCCGCGCGCGCCUGGGUCGCCAAUUUCGUGCCGCUGCAGGAGAUGGGCAUCCAGGUCGGCCUGCCCGCCAUGACGGGCGCCCCCGCCGGUCUCGUCUGGUUGCACGAAUUCCUCGACCACUGCUCCGAACUCGUUAGCUCUGGCAACAGCCGGACCAAUUGCACCUACGACUUCCUUCCUGUGCAUUGGUAUGAUAAUUUUGAAGGCUUUGCCAGUCAUAUCGGCGAACGGGUAUUUCACUUCCCCAACACCUCCAUCUGGGUUACCGAAUACGCCUACGCCCACCAAGAACUGGAACCAACCCAGCAAUUCUUCAACAUGUCCCUCGAGUACAUGGACCGUCUCGAUGAAAUCGGCGGCUACUCCUACUUCGGCGCCUUCCGGUCGGCCGAGAGCAACGUCGGCCCCAACGCCCCCUUUCUGAACAACGCCGGAGACCUGACCGACGUGGGCGCUUGGUACUUGGGCUUGGAUACUACGGGCGUUGACCCGCAAAGCGCCGCUGUGCCGUGGCGCGCGCCGCUUGCCAUGGUCGUCGCCGCCACCCUCGUCGGGGUUUCCUUCUCGGGGAUUUACUGA